GUCACAGCCUGCCGUUGGCCGAGUUCAGCUCAGUUCGGAUCAGAUCGGAUGAGCCGCCGGUUUCCUCCGGAGGGAAACUAAAAACAACAACCCGGACGUGGCGGCCGCGUUAACCCGCGACAUCCCGGCUCGGAACCGGGACAAACACUUUUUUUUGCUUAUCCCGAGAUAAUUGCUGCGACUCGCCGGAACAGCCGCGGCGGCGCGGCGGAGGGAGGGCGGGCGCGGGCGCGAGCCGCUGUUCCGUGAACGUAACGUCCGCAACGUCGCGCCGCUCCGACCGGGGUUUGCCGCCACCGCCACGCCGCGCCGCGCGUCGGGGUCCGGCGAGCCGACGACCGGCUGAUCGAUCGACCGGAAUCGUGGGAUCGACACGCGCGCGAUGAUGGAGAGGAAGCGGACGGACUGUGCCGCGCUGCCGCCCGGCUGGAAGAAAGAAGAAGUGAUCAGGAAGUCCGGACUGAGCGCCGGGAAGAGCGACGUCUACUACUACAGUCCCACAGGGAAGAAGUUCCGGAGCAAGCCUCAGUUGUCCCGUUACCUCGGCAACGCGGUGGACCUGGGAUGCUUCGACUUCCGGACGGGGAAGAUGAUGCCCGGCAAACUGCAGAAGAGCAAAGCGAGGCUCCGGCACGACCAGCUGAUGCUGGCCAAGGGAGGGAAACCGGACCUGAACACGGCGCUGCCAAUCAGACAGACGGCGUCCAUCUUCAAACAGCCCGUUACCAAGGUUACCAGUCACCCCGGCAACAAGGUGAAGACGGACCUGCAGAGAGCGACCGAGCAGCCCAGACAGCUCUUCUGGGAGAAGCGGUUGACAGGCCUGCGGCCGUGUGACGUGACGCAGGAUGUCCUGAGGACCAUGGAUCUGCCCUCGGGGCUGCAGAGUGUGGGUCCAGACUCCGGCGACGACUCCCUGCUGUCGGCCAUCGCCAGCGCCCUGCACAUGAGCUCCUCCCCCAUCACAGGCCAGACGUCCGUGGCGGCGGAGAAGAACCCGGCGGUGUGGCUGAACACGUCGCAGCCGCUGUGCCGCGCGUUCACCGUCACUGACGAGCACAUCCGGGAGCAGGAGCUGAAGGUGUACCAGGCCAGGCGGAGUCUGGAGGAGGCGCUGAUGGCCGACGGUUUGGCGCGGGCCGCCGAAAACACCCGGGAGCUGUUGGAGGGGAAGGCGGCCUGAAGACGGAUCGAUCUGCCCUCCUGCUCACCAGCCUCAGGUUUUAUCUUCAUCUUCAUCCAGUCGACGAACCAAAAACCAGACCGACAAACAGAGACUUGAACAAAACGCGUCGUCUGUCAGCGGGCGACCGUCUCGGCCUUCGUCCCGAAGGAUAAAACCCUUUUUCCCGGAUGACGUCACACUGGACUCUCUGAUUUUUCUGGAGCGACGACCAGGACGACUACAGCAGCAAUAAGUGGACGAGCACCAGCCUUCAAAUCCUCUCAAGCGCUUAUCUCCUCCGCUCACUGUUCACAUUCAGGUAUCCGUUGUCUGUCUUCUUCUUUUUUUUUAUUUAAUGCAGAUUAAAGAACAAUUGUGAAACAGAUUUUUACAGAAGAAGCAGACGCUCUCGUUAAAACGCGAACAAACCCAAAGUCGGGUUGCAAACUGCUGGACGGCUUUUGCAAACUCUGCUCACCGUCUCUGUGGGUUUGGUUGUUUGUGGUUUUAUCGUCUUCAGGGUUUUUCUUUUUUUUUCUUUUUUUUGGAUCGAACAGCUGCUUAUUUAAGACAACAUUUUUCUACGUUGAGAACACGUGUACAUUUUCUUGCACCGGAGGUAAAUAAACAGUUAUAUUCACA